GCGGCCCGCGCCAGCCCGGGGCUCGGCGGCGCUCAGGGCGCCCGCGUGUGCCGGCGAGCGUGUGUGGCCGGUCCCCGAGAGCUGCAGCUCCCAGGGCUGCUGCGGGGUUUUUUUUCCCCCCCCCUCCUUCUUUUUUACUCUCUCUCUCUUUUUUUUUUUUACUCGCUCGCUCCUCUUUUUUUUUUUUUCCCUCCUCAUUCAGAGCCCCGGGUGUCUCCCGGCCCUCAUUGGCCGCCGCGGCUCGGCGGGGCGGAGCUGGGCCGCCCGCAAAAGGAGGAAAAGAAAAAAAAAAAGGAGAGGAAAAAAAAAAAAAAAGGAGACCGAGAGAGGAGAGGGAGGAAAAAAAAAGGGAGAAAACUCUAAGUGCGUAAAAAAGUUCUCGCCGUGGUGACGGAUGCUCAAAAGUUCAGGAGUUUUUCCGAUGCUUCCCAAAGCAGCCUGCGACUGAAAAAGAGACUGAAAAAAAGCGAGAGGGAGAGAGACAGGGAGACUUUGCACUGGGAGAUCGGGAAGACAACUUGUUGCAGAUCCCCGUGGAACAAGGAACUGGGAGCGUGGGAGCCUCUUUGCAAAGGUUUUAUUUUCUUAAUACUCUUUCUGCGUUUGGAAGUUGCUUUCUCCGCUGCGAUUACUUUUUUUUUUUCCCUCCCCCGUUUUCUUUUUAAAAGCAUUUUUCCCCUUUUUCACUGCCCUCCUUUUUUUCCUUUUUUUUCGAACCCCCCCCCUCCGGGUGGAGUGCGGAGCUUGCCGGUGGGCUUUCCUGGGCGAAGAAGAGGAGACUUUCGGCGCUGCCGUCGUUAUUCUUCCUCCCUUUUUCCGCGCUCCGCCGGGGGGGUGGGGGGGUGGGGGUUGCCCGGCCGCCCGGUCCAGCUCGGUCCGCGGAGCGGCGGAGGGGUGGAGGGGGAAGGGACGCGCUGUUUGGUCCGGCGGGGAGGGUGGGGGAAAGCUGACGGGAGGACAUGCAGGCUCGCUACUCCGUGUCCAGUCCCAACUCCCUGGGAGUGGUGCCGUACCUCGGCGGAGAGCAGAGCUACUACCGAGCCGCCGCGGCGGCGGCCGGCGGGGGCUACACGGCCAUGCCGGCCCCGAUGAGCAUGUACUCCCACCCGGCCCACGAGCAGUACCCGGCCGGCAUGGCCCGCGCCUACGGGCCCUACACGCCGCCGCCGCAGCCCAAGGAUAUGGUGAAGCCGCCCUACAGCUACAUCGCCCUCAUCACCAUGGCCAUCCAGAACGCGCCCGAUAAGAAGAUCACCUUGAACGGGAUCUACCAGUUCAUCAUGGAGCGGUUCCCUUUCUACCGGGACAACAAGCAGGGCUGGCAGAACAGCAUCCGCCACAACCUCUCCCUCAACGAGUGCUUCGUCAAGGUGCCCCGCGACGACAAGAAGCCCGGCAAGGGCAGCUACUGGACCCUCGACCCCGACUCCUACAACAUGUUCGAGAACGGCAGCUUCCUCCGCCGCCGCCGCCGCUUCAAGAAGAAGGACGCCGUCAAGGACAAGGAGGAGAAGGACCGCCUGCACCUCAAGGACCAUGCCCCGCCGCGCCCGCCGCCGCCCGCCGCCGCCGCCGCGGCCGCCGAGCCCGAGGGCGGCCCCGCCGGGGGCAGCGCCGCGCCGCCGCCGCCGCCCGUCCGCAUCCAGGACAUCAAGACGGAGAACGGCACGGCCUCGCCGCCGCAGGCCGUGUCCCCCCCGGGCGCCGCGCCGCCGCUCGGCGCCGUGCCCAAGAUCGAGAGCCCCGACAGCAGCAGCAGCCUCUCCAGCGGCGGCAGCCCUCGCAGCACCCUCCCCUCCAGCCGCUCCCUCAGCCUGGAGGGCCCCGAGCCGCCGCCGCCGCCCCCGCCGCCGCCCCCGCCGCCGCCCCCCCACCACCACGGCCCGGGUUUCAGCGUGGACAACAUCAUGACCUCGCUGCGGGGCUCGCCGCAGGCCGCCGCCGAGCUGGGCGCCGGCCUCCUGGCCCCCGCCGCCGCCGCCCCGCGCACCGGCAUCCCGCCCGCCCUCUCCCUCGGCGGCUACUCGCCGGGACACAGCUCCGUUUACGGCUCGCCCUGCGGCCAGGCGGCCGCCGGCGCCGCCGCCGGCACCUACCACUGCAACAUGCAGGCCAUGAGCCUCUACGCGGCGGCGGGCGGUGCCGACCGACCCGGCCACCUGCCCCCCGCCGCCGCCGCCAGCCCCGCCGAGGACCCGCUGCCCGACUACGCCAUGCCCGCGGGCGGCGGCGGCGGCGGCGGCGGGGCGGGGGGCGGCGGGGCGGGGGGCGGCGGGGCGCUGGGGCACGGCGGGCUGGGCGGCGCGGCGGGCGGCCACCAGGAGGGGCACCACCCGCACCCGCACCCGCACCAGGGCCGCCUGGCCUCCUGGUACCUCAACCAGGCGGCGGCGGCGGCAGCGGCGGCGGCGGCGGCGGCGGGGGAGCUGGGCCCGCUGGCGGGCGCGGCGGGCUACGCGGGGCCGCAGCAGGGCUUCGCCGCCGCCCCGAGGGAGGUCUUCGAGGCGCCGCGGCUGGGCCUCAGCGCCUCGCCGGGCGGCGGCGGCGGCGGCGGCGGCGGGGCGGGGGGCGGUGGCGGCGGCGGCGGCGGCGGCGGCGGCGGGGCGGGGGGCGGCGGCAGCUGUCAGAUGGCCUUCCCCGGCAGCCAGCCGCUCUACCGCACCUCCGGGGCCUUCGUCUACGACUGCGGCAAGUUCUGAGCCCGCCGCGUCGCGCCGCGCCGCACCGCGGGGAGACGGCGGGGACACCGCCACCGCCGCGGGGACACCGCCACCGCCGCGGGGACACCGCCACCGCCGCGGGGACACCGCCACCGCCGCGGGGACACCGCCGCGCCGCCGGCCCCCGCCGCGCCCGCGGAGGGAAGCGGGCUCACGCGAAAAGCUUUUGUACAGAGACAGCCCCAAAGCAUGUCUUGGUUUGUUAAAGGACAGUGUUACUCCAAUAACACGUAAGUUUUUUUUUUUUUAAUUGCUUUGAGAAAUACUUCCUCCCCCCACCUCUUCCCCAUCCCUUAAGGUAUUGGCAUGCCCCGUGUUUAAAAGGGGGCGAAAAGUCCAGCGUAGAGUUCCAGCUUCUUCCCUCCCCUCUCCCCCCGCCUUCCUCUUUUGCAAGGACUUGUUUUAAAAUGUAAAUUGCGACAUAGUAAUUUAUUUUUAAUUUGUAGUUGGAUGUUGCGGACCAAACGCCAGAAAGUGUUUCCCCCUUCCCUGAAAAGUGACGUUAAAAUUGACUGAAACGCUGAUUUUUUCACUAUAUAUAAAAAGGGAAACUGUAUUAAUCUUAUUCUAUCAAUAUUUUUCUUUUUUUUUUUGUUGAAAAUAUUCUGAAGGUAUUGCAUUGUUUGUUUAUUAAUAAAUUACCAUUCAGUUGGAAUGAUCCUUUA